AUGUUGAAGAGUCGUCCUAGGGUUCUUCUAUUCAAUGUGGAAAAGAUACUUGCCCCUAAUAUAGCAACAUUGAGAGAAGCUGGGGUGCCUCAAUCUGUAAUCUCGUUCAUGAUGUAUCGCUCUCCUAGCACACUGUAUCAGGAGAGUCUCAAGUUCAAAGAAGGUGUGAAUAAGGCAAUUGAAAUGGUAUUCAACCCUCAGAGAUCAACAUUCGCUCAUGCAGUCCAAGUGCUUUGUGAUAUGCAUGAGUCAACUUUCGAACAGAAAAAGGAGGUUUAUGGGAGAUGGGGUUUGUCUAAUGAUGAGAUUCUGUUGGCAUUCAGAUCACAUCCAUUGUGUAUGAAUUUAUCGGAGGAGAAAAUUAUGGAAACAAUGGAUUUUCUUGUGAACAAGAUGGGUUGGCAAGCCACGGUUGUUGCUAGAUGUCCAGUAGUCCUCUUCUUCAAUAUGGAGAGGAGGAUCAUCCCACGGUGCACAGUUGUUAAAAUUCUGCUGACAAAAGAGUUGGUGAAGAAAGAUCUGCGCUUGACUACUUUUCUAAUACCCAAAGAGGAAGUGUUCCUGGGGAGGUUUGUGAACAAAUAUCAGGAUGAUGUUCCUGGUCUGAAGAAUAUUUAUUUAAGGAAAAUGGGUCUUGUCGAACCAAGAUUAGGAUCUAAGAUAUGA